AUGGGGAGUGGCGGCGGCGGACGCGGGGCGGGCAGCGCCUGGUCGGGGACCCCGAAUCGCCAGAGGGUGCCCCCGUGGAAGAGGAGCAGCAGUGGCAGUCGCCCUCUUCGCAGCAGCUACGUGGUGUGUGACGGGUGCAGCAGAUGGCGCUACUGCAAGAAUAUCACCAGCAGGGGCGACCUCUGCAUCUGCGGCAAGAAUCUCGCCUGCCUCGUCCCUGACGGACAUGUCUUCCGUGACGAGGAUGGAUCAGCUGGGCAGAUGGUUGGCAGCCAGGAGGUGGUGCAGGCGGGAAAGGGCAAGGAGGCCAACACCGUCGAUCUCAAGGCCGCCGCCGCAGCAGCAUACAGCAAGCUCAGCAAGGACGACCCGCACAGGCAGCACAAUGAGGCCCUCUGGCCAGAGCUCGCCGCAGCCAAGCCACCAGCAGAACAACCAGUUGUUGGAUUCAAGGCAGUGGAGGCAGCAGCUCGACGCUUGGACAAACUCCAGAAGAAGGUACGAUCGGCAGGGGAGCAAGUGGAGAGUGCCCAGCAGUACUUGGCUGAGAGUGAACGCAAGCUUCGUGAAGCUAUGGGAGCCUCCAUUGCAGCCGAAGAUGAGUUCGACAAGCUCAAGGCCACAGUCGGCAAGCAAGAGGCACCAGCCGAACCUGCAGCCGAGAAACCAACGCUGGCAGCCCUCCUGGAGCAGUUCGAGCAUGAGCCUGACGACUUCCACAAGUGGUCCGAGCCCGACAAGGUGGUCUGGCGAGCUGCAAAGGCCAAGGGCGAGCGCAUGGCCCAGACAGUCAAGGAGCACGAGGAGGAGACUGCGAAGCACCUGCGACUUCUGGAGGAAGAGACGGCCAGGCACCAGGAGCAGCUGCGCCAGCUCGAGCAGGUGCCCCCACGUGCGCUGAGGCGGCUGGGUCAGCCGCCGCGGCAGCGCCCAGCGGCGCCGCAGCAGCUGCCCAACCAGAAGCAGGCGCAGCAGAACAUGACAAAGCUGAAGAACGCCGAGCCAGAGUGGAGGCCCAUAUCCAGGAGGCGCGAGAGAAGGUCUCGCAGGCCAGGCGCGCCGAGACAGUCGUCGACGCAGAAGGGCAAGGUGACCACUCAGCAGGGUAGCCGCCCCAAGGCGAGCGCGAAGAAGGUUCGCCGCCCUCGCCACAUCGACUUCUUCAAUGUCACGACCUGGGCCCCCCAGGCACAGGGCUACCUCAUGGAGAUCAACGAUGCCAAGGACAGGGGCAUCAUUGGCAUCGCGGAGCACCACCUCCGCCAGCCUGCGCAGAUAAGCAAGGCAAGAGCGGCGCUCAGGAGGAAUGGCAUGCACAGCUACUGGACCAAGGCACGGCCAGGAGAAGGAGAAGGCACUCGAGGGGGAACGUGUGCCAUCACGCGAGGAUCCUUGGACAUCCAGGACAGGAUCGCGGGUUUCGACGAGCACUACCUGCACGAGGACGGCAGUGACGUCACGGUGGUGAUCUCCAACCUGCGCAAGGUCCGUUUCGCAGUGGCUUUCGUCUACCUCGAGUGCGGGGCGGGCUUUGGGGAGAGGAACGUCGACAUCCUCUGCGACCUGCGGGAGAAGAUGGCUGUCUGGGGAGGUGAAGCCAGGUGCAUCGAUUUCGCGCUGAUCUCGCAGGGCCUGGCGCCGUAUUUUGACCAGCUAGAGCUGCUCAGGACCGUGCCGUGGAAGCCGCACAUCGGCAUCCGCUUGAAGUUGAAGGGGCGGCCACUCAUGCUCAAGGGCAGGGUACUUCGCAGGCCAGCAGCCAUAAAGCCGCCAGUCGCAGUUGAGAGAAUGCCGAAGUCCAGAGCCGCUUGCAGACGAGCGGCGCGUGGAGGCCAGGAGGCCAUGCGUCGACGUCAGCAAGCGUUGACAGAGGCAGGAUGCGACCUGGAUGAGAACGACAUGGGGCCAGUGCCGCAUCUGUACUACGACAAGGAGGUCCAGCACGUCAUCCCCGACGAGCUGUGGCAGGCCACCUCCAAGCGGGUCAGCUUGCGUGCCUACGACGAGUUGCCCCAGCACUUGCAGCACACUGUCGUCGGCAAGAUGAUGGAGCGGGACAUGCUGGACCUGGGGCAACAGUACGACCGCUUCGCAAGCACCCUCGAGCUCAGCCUGUGCGAGAGCAUCGGCACCCCAGAGGAAGAGCGAGGACGACAUCUCGGGUGCAGCAGGCCCCCGAGCUACAAGAGCGUGAGCAUCAAGGUUCCGUCGGAGCCGGAGCCUGGCCCCGUCAUGUCUGGCAGCCAGGUAGGACGCGUCCUGGACCUCCGAGACGGGUACAGCUUUACAAGAGAUGAGGGCGAGGCGGCCAGGCCCAGAGAAAGAGGACGCAACACCAUGGACAUCCAAGAUCACGACCCCUUCGAGGAUGAGGAGGACUACUUGGAGUACCGCCAGGAGAUCGCUGACCAGGAGAACAGCGAUGGGUACCACCAGCACAUCGAGGGGCAGCAGGCCAGCCUCGAGCUCAGCCAGACCGUUCGCCGUCGUGCAGCUGGACCUGCAUUUCCCCCACCAGCAGGACGCAGCACCAUGAACGUCCAAGACCACGACCCCUUCGAGGAGGAGGAGGACUGCUUGCAGUACCGCCAGGAGACCGCAGAUCAGGAGGACUGCGAUGGGUACCACCAGCGCAUCGAGGGGCAGCAGGACACCAUCGGCUACGGCCAGACCGCUCGCCCAGAGGCAGAGGAGCAACGAGAUAUGGGCCUGCCCCCACCAGACCCCUGGAAUGAUGACCAGCACCAGCGGGAGCGGGAAGACUACGUGGCCAUGAGAGACGACCUGGAGUACUGGGCGGCCAUCUGGAUGGAUAACUUGGUGCAGCUCCCCACGGACAACAGCAACUGGAUGCAGAUCUGUGUGCCGUUCCUGGAGACCAUCUUGGGUGGCGGAGGCAACAAUGGCAUGGUGAGACUGCUCAGGCGUAGGUACCAGCAGGUCCGCACCCACAGUGGCCACCAGACGCAGCAGCAGAUCAACACAAGACGGCAGCUCGCGCAGCAGCUCAACCAGCCAGACCCAGGCAGGCUGAAUGAAGAAGGUGCAGCCAAGGACCAGCAGCAGGCCCUCCUCGCAUACCUGCACGCGAUAGCAGAGGGCGCCCUCGUGGACCCAGGGACAAUCAGCAGGGUAGCAGAGGAGGUAAAGAGCAUGGCCAAGCUACUCACAAAGGCGGUGAAGAAGGCGUACAUCCACUGGGUGCACGACGCCACGGCAGGCAGUGCGAAGAUGGCCCACGCCUACACCAAAGCAGCGGAGCGCAGCCACCUGGAGGACAUCCUAGAGCACGAGGGCCAGGUCAUCAACCACCCGCAGCAGCUGGUGGACUUGCGCAAAGAAGCAUGGCAACGCAGGUGGACACGAGAUGCACAGAAGGCCGAGAGGAUCCAAGAGGCGCUGGCCAAGCUGAGGCAGGCUGCCUUGGCCCAGCAAAAUGCCCUCGAGCCCAUCAGCAAGGACAUCAUAGGCUCCAUCAUCCAGCACCUGAAGCGCAAUGCUGGCCAAGGAGCGGACUGGUGGAGGGCUCCAGAGCUCAAUGCCAUGGGCGCCCAGGGGCUGGAAGACUUCGUGCAGUGCCUGACCAGCUGUGAGCAACGGGCAGCGUGGCCGUGGCAAUUCUACUUGGUGCUGGAGCUGCUGCUGGGUAAGAAGCCAGGAAUCGGCGGAGAGCGCCCCAUCGGCCUCAUGCCCAUGCCGUACCGCAUCUGGAGCGCAGCCAGGAGGCCCAUAGUAGCCACCUGGAGCAAGGCAGCGGCUGGCUUCUGGGCUACGGCAGUAGCUGGCUCCUCAGCGCUACGAGUGGCAAUGCACAGACUGAUGAGGGCAGAAGCCGCCAGGGAGAUGGGCUUUCAUGCAGCAGGCGUGUUCUACGACGCGGCAAACUUCUAUGACAACAUAGGCCUCGACCAGCUGAUCGAGAAGGCCAGCGCCCUCCAGUACCCGUUGCUGCCGCUGGCAAUGGCCGUGCAGAUGUACCUUGCGCCCAGGGCCAUCAUGGCCCACAGCCUCUUCUCGGACAUCUUCGAGCCUGCCAACAGCAUGGUAGCGGGCUGUGACCGCUUUUGGUAUGGCAUCCUGGAUGCAGCGCACAGGCACCACAUCUUCGUCGUCAUGCAGCAGUACCUGGACGACUUGGCCCUGCAGGUAGAGGGUGCGCGGCGGCAGGUCAUCGGCCAGAUCAAGCACGUGGCAGCGCUGGUGCACGAUGGAUUCAAGCAGCUCGCGAUACCCAUCUCAAUCAAGACGGCAGUGGUGGCCUCGGACAAGGACCUCCAGGCAAAAGUCGCCAGCAUCCUGGACAGCCUGGGCACCCCCAACAAGCAACCAGGUGUAGUGCGCGACCUCGGAGUGGGCACCAGCCUUGGCAAGCAGCUGCGGCGACCCACCCAUGCUGCGCGCCAGGCCAAGGCCAAGCAGAGGGUGGCCAAGUUCAGGGACUUAGUGAAGACGGACGCCAGGGGCGCGGCAAAGGUCUAUUCAGCAGGUGCCUACUGCCAGCAGGCCUGGGACUUACCAGCGCACGGUAUCACGCCCACGGAGGCGAAGUCGGUCAGGGCUACGGAGGCAGCGCUCCUCACAGGCGGACACAAGGCUGGACGCUGCACGUCCACCAUCCUCCUGAUCCAGAGGGGAAUGCAAGAGGCAGUAACCCGAGCCAUCGGCGACCAGAUCAAGCAGUUCUGGCUCGCCAUAGUCGACCACCCGACGGAGCUCAAGGGGUACCAGAGAGGCUGA